AUGGGGCGUUCUAGGGGCCUUUCUAAUGCUACUGAUGUGUCCUCAGUGCCUGAUCAAGACCAGGAACUGGGGAGCAUGUACGAUUACCUGGCCAAGGUGAUCCUACUAGGCCCUAGUGGCGCAGGAAAAUCCUGGCGAGUGUUGUCAUCACAAACUAUCGGAGUGGAGUUUUCAUCUCGAAUCGUCAAGCUAGGCACUGGGUCUAGACGCAGACGCAUCAAACUCCAGCUCUGGGAUACUGCGGGCACUGAACGCUUCCGAUCCGUAUCGCGAUCCUACUACCGGGGUGCAGCUGGCGCUAUUUUAAUCUACGAUGUCGCCUCCUAUCCAUCCUUCGCCGCCCUCCCGACCUUUCUCAUGGAUGCGCGGGCGCUAGCAUCCCCAAAUCUGACUGUCAUGCUCGCAGGAAACAAGGCAGAUUUGACCGACGAAUCACCCGACAGCGCCGAUGAUUUCCUGCGUGCCCCACCUACCCCGUCCAGUACUUCGAGUAAACAAUCUUCAUUACCUUUCGAUGCUAGUGCUUCCGUGCGCUCGGGUCACUAUUUGGGCCCGGGGACGCGACAGACAGCCACAUAUGCCGAGGGUCGGGAAAUCAGCCGAGAAAUGAGCUCGCGCUGGGCGGCGCAAUCCAAUAUACCGGUCGCGGUGGAAAUCUCGGCCCUGACAGGCGAAGGUGUCGAAGAGGUAUUUCACCGACUCGCUCGCAUUAUUCUUACCAAGAUUGAGCUUGGAGAGAUCGACCCGGAUGAUCCCCAGAGCGGUAUCCAAUACGGAGAUGGUGGUCUCUAUGGUCAUGGUACCAGCGAUACCUCGAGCAUUCAUAGCCGAACAACCUUGGGCGAUAACGACGUACCCCUUCAUCGUUCGCGACGACGUAGAGGUGGCGCAUCCCAAGGCUGGAAGGGCGGCAUGAGAGAAUGGGAAGAUGUGUUUCGACUGGAUGGUCCAUCACGGAGAAACCAAGGUUGUUGUUGA